ACGCAGUCCCACUCUGUCUGACCCUUCUUAUUUUGGCAAAAACACUUGGCCCAGAAAAGGGAAAUUAAAUGACUAUAGAUUCCUUCACAAUGGAAAUCAUUUUGAAAACUCACUGGAAAACUAUCAGCCUUGCUCAUAUCAGGUGACUCUUUCAAUGGCUUCUCCAAUGACGUAAAUAUACCCAGAUGGCCAUACAUCUCUUUUUACAAGUUCUCAUGCAUGUUAUGUAUGUAUCUAAUGAUGUAUGUUCGUACUGUGCAUUGGGGUCUGAGAAGACAGAAGGUGAAAAUAAUGAGCCUAAUCACAUGAAUCCCCAGCAACCAGUUCUUGAUGUGCCUCCUUUCAGUUGUGUGCAUCACAUUGAUCCACCAAGCCCUGGUGAUACAUUUUCCUCACCACCCGGAGAGCAGACUAAGGCUUCAGAAACAAUCGGUCCAGCUAUGAUAUUUUUGCCUUCCCAAUCAACCAGGAAGGAGUUGGAUAAUAUGAUGGCUCAUACCAGAUAUGGAGUUGCACUCACUGGGGCUGCUGCAACGGGCUCAAUUGGACCAGUUAGAGGGUUAAGGGACAUCAAUGAAAUGGAGGAUUCAUACCAUUUCCGUGUCAACGUUCCUGGGGCAUCAAUGGAGAAAGGAGACUUCAGUUGUGACAUUGAACCAGAUGGAACAGUAGUAAUAAAGGGGAUUUCAACAACUGGUGAGAAAGUAGUACAUUGGGGCUCUCUAGUCUUUGAUAUGCUGACACAAAAUCUAGGAAAUUGGACUAAUAACUCUUCACCUUCAUAUCUUUUUAUCAGUUUUGAAAUGAUGUGUACACUAACCAGACAAAUUGACCCACAGAUCCAAUUCUAUCAGUUGGAUGAGCGUGAUUCCAAUCAAAGGGCUGAGGAUUUAUAUGCAAUUCAACCAAAUAUCAAGGGGCAUUAA